CGUGUUUCUGACGCGGAAGCGGUGCCGUCUGCAAACAUGGCGAACAUCAGAAAUCUCAAGGGUAUGGUGGGGCUGGUCACAGGAGGCGCCUCAGGUUUGGGCAAGGCAACAGUGGAGAGGCUGAUCAAGCAUGGAGCGAGCGCUGUAAUCCUUGACUUGCCCAGCUCAGAUGGCCAGAGUGUGGCUGCAGGUCUUGGCGAGCGCUGUGCAUUCGCUCCAGCUGAUGUGACGUCAGAGUCAGAUGUGCUCUCAGCUGUGGGUUUGGCUAAGGAGAAGUUUGGUCGACUGGACUUGGCGGUGAACUGCGCUGGUAUUGCUGUCGCCGUUAAGACAUACAACUUCAAAAAGGACAUCCCUCACAGUCUGGAGGACUUCAGUAGGGUCAUUAAUGUAAAUAUUGCAGGCAGCUUUAAUGUAAUAAGGCUGGCAGCAGGGAUGAUGGGCAAGAAUGAGCCAGAUUCUGAUGGUCACAGAGGAUGCAUCAUUAACACAGCCAGCGUUGCAGCUUUUGAUGGGCAGGUGGGUCAGGCUGCGUACUCUGCAUCUAAAGGCGGUAUUGUGGGAAUGACUCUACCAAUUGCUCGAGAUCUCGCUCCCAUGGGCAUCCGUGUGGUCACUAUUGCUCCAGGUCUGUUCUCUACGCCCCUGCUGGCUGGUCUGCCUGAGAAGGUGCAGAGUUUCCUCGCACGACAGGUGCCUUUCCCGUCACGCCUGGGCGACCCUGCCGAAUUCGCUCACCUUGUGACCUCCAUUGCUGAAAACCCCAUGAUCAAUGGUGAAGUGAUUCGCUUGGAUGGAGCCAUCCGGAUGCAGCCAUAAGAAGGAGAGACCAGACCUCACACAGAGGGGAAGAGACAGCUCUGUAGGCCGUGUGUGUGUGUUUCAAAAUUAAAUGGGUUAAUGGAAUAGAGCCAGAUGAGCAUCCCCAGUCUCAGUGUAUUGCAGUUUUCCCCCUCAGGACUCCCUGAGUUAAGGUUCUGCUGCUUUAUGGUUUUUUUGAAACCACUGGAAGUCUGUAGAUAUUUUUUUUUUUUAUAAAUCCUGCUCUGAUUUUUCCAAAAAUUAACCUGACUGUGUGAGUAAAUUAGCUCUUCAGGGCAGUACCAGACAUUUUUCUGUUCUAGGAAGUGCCUAAAGUGCAUUAUCAAGAUCCUGAUCAGAUUAGACACAGGGUGUACUGCAGAUAAUCAAAUAACUAAUAAAAUAUCUUUCUGAAAAGCUGAGAAAGUGUUAUAAUUCUGCAACUAUGUGACCCUACAUGCAACACUAAAGAAGUGUACAGUACAUUAGACUGGCAAGCUUCCCAUUUUUGUAGAUUUUUUUUUUGUAAAAUGUUACCGUUAUCCACUGGAUCUGAUCACUAAACUGAACAAUUAAAGAUAUGAAACAGGCA